UUUUGUGCUCUCGGUACGGUACGGUACUAGAAUACAAUUUAUAAAUCUUACUGAAUCUUACAGCUACUAUGUAAUGCAAAUCACGAUAAACUUUUGAAAUGUUUUUAUGAAAACUUUAAGGUUUGACUAUCAUUAUUAAAAAGAACUACACCUAAGUUACAUGUAAAAUGUCUAAUAGCAGCGUUAUUGGAUGUAAUAAUAUUCUGUCGUGUCCAUCUGCGGAAAGUUCGAAUGUGGUGAUACCUGGUGCCGUGCCCGGAACAGAGUCGCAUCCCGGACAUCAGACCCAACAACCUGACAGGAUGAUGCCAGUAGGACUCCAAGCUCUGUACUCCGCCUGUAUGAAGGUCUACCCGGAACAACCAAACCCCCUACAAGUAACAACCAGACUCAAAUAUUGGUUGGGUGGUCAUGAUCCCCUGGACUACAUCAGUAUGUACUGGAACCCUGGCCGACCUGAGGAGAACAUUCCGCCACACUGGCAUUAUGUCAGUUUUGGGCUCUCAGAUCUGCACGGUGACGGGCGGGUGCACCCCGAACCGGGGCCCGGCGCGGAGGGUUCGGGCUACGGGAUCGAGCUCACCUUCCGGCUCGCCGCGGAGCCGCGUGAGCCGCCGCUGUGGCCCGCAGCCCUGCUCCAGUCCCUCGCCAGAUACGUGUUUACCACUGGAAAUAAAUUCUGUGCGGGAGAUCACAUAUCGUGGCAUUCGCCCCUGGACGGGUCAAAGUCGAGGAUCCGCCACUUGCUGGUAGCAGCCGACCCUCAGCUGGGCACCGUCCCCACGCCACACGGCUCUGUCUCAUUUGUACAGAUCGUAGGUUGUACCAACAGAGAGCUGAAGGCGACACAGCGGGGUUCAGGGUUCGACGUGUUGAAAACCAUUGCAGAGGACCCCGGCUGCGGCGGUGCGUGGCUAGUGACGGAGCUGCGGCGCGGGUCGGCGCGGCGCGUGCGCACCGCCCCCGCCGCGCGCCCCGCAGACCUCGCCGGUGUCACCGCCAACGUCUGCUGGCGACGAUACGUCCCCAGCGCGGAGGAUGAGGAGCGGCUGUCUCCGAGUGUGGAGCGACAGAUCAAGGAGACCCUGCAGCGCGGCCUCAGCGUCAUGAGCGACCGCGGCGCGGAGGGGCACAACAUGUCUACGGACAGUUUCGAGUUGUCGAGCCUGGAGCGCGCGCUGCCGCCGCCGCCGCCGCCGCCGCCGCCGCCGCCGCCACCGCCGCUACACGACGCCAUGGACAUGUCCACUAGUGGUUCAUGGCGCGGAGGCGGCGAGGGGUGCGGCGGCGGCGACGUGCAGUACCUGGACGGCGUGCACCUCAUCCUGGACGCCGAGGCCGCCAGCCUGCUGCCGCUGGCCAUCGAUGGACGCGUGCUUCACUCGCGGCACUUCACGUGGCGGCGCGCGGGCGGCGGCGGCGGGGGGGAGGGCGGCGCCGUGACGCUGGUGCCGCCGGCCGUCGCGGGCGCCUUCGUCACGCCCGACCGACCCUACGCCGCGCGCGCCGGCUGGCUCCAGGUGCUGAUACCGGAGGACCUGGCGCGCGACAUGUCGGCGAAGGCGCGCGAGCUGGCGCGACUGGCGGGUACCGACUCCGAGAGCGAGGACGAGGCGCCGCCACCGCCCGCGCUGCCGCUCACGCUGUGGUGGCCGCGCCGCUGCCUGAAGCUCACCGUGCGCCCCGCCGAGCUCUGAAGGCUAGCAAUGCGACUCGUGGAACUGUAAACGCGCUAGCAACGCGCCUUUUCGAACUGUUAAUGAGCCAGCAACCAGCCUCGACGAACUGUAAACGCGCUGGCAACCGGCCUCGUCGAACUGCAAACGCGCUGGCAACCGGCCUCGUCGAACUGUAAACGCGCUGGCAACCAGCCUCGUCGAACUGUAAACGCGCUAGCAACCGACCUCGUCGAAAUGCUAACGCGCUUCGUGGAAUUGUAAACGCGCUAGGACCGCACCUCGUUUAACUGUUAACGCGGCAUUCGUACACUAUGCUGUACAGUGUUGGUGUAGUAUGUAAGUGGCAAGUGCGCGUCAAACGUACACUGUGAAAACACGCGUCUGUGAUGAAGAAACUAAAUGAAUCUCUAAAGAUUUUGUUAAAGAUA